AUGACGCAGAAGGCAAAUUUGUUCAAAGGGCAGCAGAAAAAGAAAUCAAUUCCUCCCAAUCGACAUGGCAAAGUCAAUCACACGCGCAAAGGGAAGAGAGUGGUGAAGCCAUCGAAGGUGACUAAAGAGAUGGAGACCGAAAAGGAGCUCAGUAAGUUCAUAAACCAGUGCAAUGAGAUAAAAGCGGCAACAGUUGCUAAUAAAGAUGGUGGUCAGCUAAGUAUUGUUAAGACACAGAUAGGUUCAUCAACUGAUGCCAAGAAGUAG